AUGGCGAAGCAACAUGUGCCCUUCUCGUUUCCAGCGGGGCCAGCACUGACGGUCUUCGUACCGGGAGCUCUGGCGCUAGCCGGUCUCUACCUGGCACAGCCAGGCACGACGCUCGGCAACAUCAAAGAGGCAAUUGGCGGCCAGUCCACCGUCGUCGGCAUCUUUCUCCUGCUCAAUCUUGCCCACGUUUUCGAGGCGAUACUGAUGUUCGUCAAAUGCUCAAGAGCUGGCGUCAGCACAGCAGACACGCGCAAGUGGUGUGCUGCCGUGCUCAUCUUUGGGUUCCCCGUCGGUCAAAAGUUCGACGCCAUGGUGAAGCGAGUCAAGUAG